AUGUCGCAAAAACCGCGAAAGCUUCAACGCGUUUCGAAAGCCUGCGACUUCUGCAAUAGGCGCAGCAUCAAGUGCGGCAGAAGUGAAGAUCCGCUAGGCAGGUGUCAAAAUUGCGCCGAUUUUGAUGUCCCGUGCACCUUCGAUCGCCCCGCAAAGCGCCGGGGCGUCAAGGCUGGCACGAGGGCUCCCAUGCGCGAGACGCCUUUGGUGCAUACCCCUGGCUCCGAUCAUGCCCUCCCUGUAGCCACUGCUGCACCGGCUACGGGGAGGACGUCGGGCUCUUCGGGCUCGAGAAACUCGUAUUACCCCGAGUCUGCCCAUCGCCCGUCGUUGACUGGUGAUCCUUGGUCGACGUUCAACGUCGGCGGGGUGGCAACGGAAGGGUACGAUGAUGACGGCGCAUUGCGCAACUCCUGGAAUGCUUUUGCUAUUGCCAGUGAUCGCCAGAUCCGAAACCUUGUCCAGGUCUAUUUUGAGAUCGUUUAUCCCAUUUUCCCACUCUUCCACAAGCAAUCUUUCAUUGAAAGAGUGCAUAAUCAAGAGCAUCUGCGAGACCCAGGGCUAUUCGCUUCAACUAUGGCUGUCUGUGCUCUAGUGUCUGGUCGCGCACGAGAUGGGGCGCUGUUUACUAAUAGAUGGAACCGGGAUGAGCUUGCUGAGCCGCCAUCAGAAGCUUUUUAUGCAGCGGCCAAGGACUCCAUUCCUCGCGACCUUGCCUCAGCAAAGGGCAUGAAUUUUAUGCGCGCAUGUGCCAUUCUCGCUAUUGCCAGUAUUCAAAAUGGCCAGAUCAAGAACAUGCAAAAGUUCUCCGGCAUGUAUCAUACUCUAACUAGUAUGGAGGGACUCCAUGAUGAGAAGCUGUGGCCGAAGCAUUUGACUCCCAUUGAAACCGAAGAGCGACGGAGACUGUUCUGGUCUAUCUACACUCUGGAUAUCUAUUCCAGCAUCGUGUGGGGCGGCGUAAUUCGAUAUCGCGAAGCUCAUUCUCUAGUUCGAUAUCCGAGUGAGGUCGACGACGAGUUCAUCACAAUACACGGCUACGGCUUGCCGCCCGUGUCUCCAGCCUCCAGCAUGCUUAGUCCGGGAGAAGUGACAGUAGUCUCACGGCAGCCACUAGCAUGGCUUCGGGGCUGGAAUUUCACUACGGAUCUCUAUCGGAUUCUUGAACAUGUAGUAGAUGGCAAUCGGCGACGCUUCUCUUCCGCAAAUGGGACUGCACAGGUGUGGCCAUUGUUUAGCCCGGCAUCUAUGUCAGAAGAGGCAGUCAUGGAGCGGGUCUAUUCCAUGUACGCCGCACUGCCAUCACAAUUUAAGGAAACUCCUCCUACUACUGGUGAUAUGGCAAAGGAUCUAUUCGGGUUCCAGUCUGCCAAUAUCACGGCAACAUUACAGCUUCUCCGGAUGGUGCUCCUUUCCGCGGAAGAGCUUGGUGUUGAUCGCAAAUGCAACGUCGCUGGAGAGCUGCUUAGUGUCUUCAGCAAGGUCCCUGUGGAGUACCUCAAAGCGAUCAGCUCGCCUCUGCUUCACCAUCUCGGAGGAAUAGGUUAUAUCCUCGGCUCCGUCAUGGAAGGGAGUCUAUCAGAAGCAUCCUACCGACGAGUCCGCACAUUGCUUCUCGAAAUGGCCGACCUCCUCGGCCGCCUCGAAACAGGCCUCCAACGCGCAGCCGGCGCCAGCGAACGCCUCCGCUCACAGGUCGACCGAAUCGACGGCUACAUGACAUCGCGGCCAAUCAAUCUCCAAACAUCCCAGCACACCCCGAACCCUAAUGAAGUCCCCGUCGACGCGAAACCCAACAUCACGAUGACAUCCGUACCAUACGUUCCCCCAAGUGGUCCGCCAGGUCCGCCACCCGGCCCGGCACCCAAUGCUAUGGGCGAUCAGAUGAUGCAAUUCCAGAUUCCACCGGAGUUGUUGUCGGAUUUUCCGUGGCCGCUGGAUGGUGGGGGCCACGCGGAGGGUUUUCUGCCUAUGGCGUUUGAAUGA